AUGGAGCAAACUGGAUCGAAUCAUAUGGCUUCGUCAACCCGUUCCCCAGAUCCUCUUCCAGUGGUAGAGUAUGAGGUUUUCCUGAGCUUUAGAGGUCCUGACGUCCGCACGACGUUGGCUGAUUUCCUCCAUAGGUUCCUGAAUAAUAAAAAGAUACGGACCUUUCUCGACAACGAAGCGCUUCGCAAGGGGGAAGAGAUUGGCGGGUCUCUCGACAAGGCAAUUGGGGAGUCCAGAAUAUACAUCCCGAUCCUUUCCAAAGGAUAUGCAUCUAGCAAAUGGUGCCUCAAAGAGCUGGCUCUGAUGGUGGAACAUUGCAAGAAAGAUGAAGGUCGUCACACCAUCUUGCCCAUUUUCUAUCUCAUGGAGCCUAGAGAUGUGCGGCACUGUAUGGGUUCCUAUGAGGAGGCAAUGGAACAACAGAGUGAGGAAUAUGAUGAAGAAACCAUUGAGGCCUGGAAGGAGGCUCUCAAUGCAGUCGGGCAAAUCAAAGGAUGGAGCGUGAACGAGUCAGAUGGACAGGGAGCACUAGCAGAAGAAGUUUACUCUAGGGUGUGGCCACUGGUACACGAGAAGUUCAAGUUAGUGACGCAUGAGCUGAUUGGAAUCGAUGCUCACGUAAACCGAGUGACAGAAUUGCUGAAGUUACAAAGCGGCAUCAAUAUCAUAGGCAUUCAUGGUAUGGGUGGCAUCGGAAAGACCACUAUCGCCAAGGCCGUCCAUGACAAGGUCAUUACACAAUUCGAACGUCGUUGUUUUCUGGAAGAUGUACGAGAAAUACUUUCGCAGUAUGACGGUGUGACAACUCUGCAGAGUAAGAUUAUUUUUAGCAUUCUAGGGGAAGAUCACAAGCUUAGAAGUGCCGGUGAAGGAAUCAAUAUUAUACAAAAUAGAGUAUGCCCCGGCAAGGUUCUCUUUAUUCUUGAUGAUGUGGAUGAUCGGUUUGAGUUUGAGCAAAUCUUAGGUAAACUAAGUAAAUUUUCUUCUGAAAGUAGAUUUAUCAUCACAACAAGAGAUAAAAAGGUGUUGGAGUUGCUUCAAGUAUCUAGGUUUCAUGAACCUGAAGGAAUGAGUCAUGACCAUUCCCUUCAACUUUUUCGAAGACAUGCUUUUAGAAAUGAUAACCCCCUAGAGGACAGGACAACUCUGUGUGAGAAGUUUGUAAAAGCUGCAGCGGGACUUCCUUUGGCUCUUGAAGUUAUAGGGUCGCUUUUGUUUCGUACAGAUUUAGAAUUCUGGGAAGAGAAUUUGAGAAAACUAGAGAAAAUACUUCCCCACAAGGUGCAAGAGAGAUUGAAAAUAAGCUAUGAUACGUUGGAUGCUAAUGAAAAAGAAAUCUUUCUCGACAUUGCUUUUGUCUUUAUAGGAAGAAACAAGGAUUAUCCUUCCUGUAUGUGGAAGGAUUGCGAAUUUUAUCCUGGAAGCGGAAUUCAAACUCUUAUUUUAAGGUCCUUGAUAAAGGUGAAUGGGGAUAACAAGUUUUGGAUGCAUGACCAUGUAAGAGAUCUUGGGAGAAUGAUUGUUCGUGCAGGAGAUGAUCAACAUCCUUGGAAGCGCUCAAGAAUAUGGUCCAAUGAGGAUGCGGUAGAUAUGUUACGCAAUGGAGAGGGAACCGACCUGCUGGAAGUUCUUAGAAUCGACAUGCGUUAUAAGAGUUUUGAGCUCACGGAGAUGGAAUUUCAGAAAUUUUCAAGGUUAAGGUAUCUUGAAGUGUACGGUGGAAGGCUGAGUGGAGAUUUCAAGAAUAUUCUUCCGAAUCUGCGCUGGCUGCGACUCCAUAGUUGCAGUUCAAUCCCUAUCGAUAUCAAUGUAAAGAAAUUGGUAAUUCUGGAUCUGGGACAGUGCCCUGUAAAAGAUGACUGGAGAUACUGGGACACAAUCAAGGAGGGACACAGGCUGAAAGCUAUAGAUGUAUCAUCCUGCAAGGAAGUGACAAAAGUCCCGGAUUUGUUGGGAUGUACAAGUCUAGAACGGAUAAAUUUCAGGCAUUGCUCGAAAAUGGGCGGAGAACUUCACAUUGGUCAUUUAAAGGAUUUGAGAGUGCUAAACGUUGCCGAGACUAAGAUAACAAAGUUAGUAGGUGACAUUGGAAGGCUUCAGAAUCUGCAAGAGAUCAAUGUAGUUUCGACGCUCUUGAGAGAAAUUCCUGCUAGCAUUGGUAAACUUUCCUCACUGAAGAUCUUGGACAUAGGAGGGCUUAAGAUUGAAGUACCAGAACUCCCCACGAGUUUAAAUUGGCUAUCCCUCUCAUCAUCUAGGGUUCCCAAUCUCUUGGAUCUCAAGGACUUGGAGUGGCUAUCGUGGAGUUGUGAUACACAUGUGAUUCCUGAGGAUAUGUGGAAGCUGUCCAAGUUGAAGGAGCUGAAGUUGUGGCACGUUGGGAACUGUAAGGAUUCCCUUGAUCUUCACCAAGAAUCAGUUGAUCUCCACGAACAGAAUCAUUAUUCUCUACGACGUGGUAUGAGAACCCUCACUUCUUCCUUGCCUACCCUUCCGGCAUCUCUAAAUACCCUAUCGAUCUGUGUUUAUCCCUUUCAGCCUUUGGAGAGACUGCCGAACCUUGCGAAUCUGAGUAACUUGAUGUACUUAACUUUACGGGAUAUUGCGACACACGAGAUCGCCGGUUUGGGAGAGCUGAGGAUGCUGGAGAAAUUCCACUUACUGAAGGCUUCAAAUCUAAUUGAUCUCGAUGGCCUAGAACAUUUAGAGCUUCUGAAGGAUUUGUGGGUGAGUGGUUGUCGAGUACUCGGCAAACUGCCCAGUUUGUCGAAUCUGACCAAGUUACAGGUGCUCAAGAUUUUUGAUUGUCCACUUCUCGCUGAAAUACAAGGCCUUGGCGAGCUGGUGCCAUUAUCAAAUCUACUGAUCGGAGGAUGUCAUCAGUUGACUAGCCUGAGAGGGCUUGACAAAUUGGAGUCAUUGCAAGUAAUGGAGAUUCAGGAUUGCUCUUCGAUUAAGAAGUUGCCUGAUUUAUCUGCUUUGAAGAACUUACAGAAGUCGAAAAUUGUGGGAUGCAAUCAGUUGACUGUGGUGAUGGGGCUUGACAAAUUGGAGUCAUUGCAGCUAUUGACUAUUACUAAUUGCGAGUCGAUUAAGAAGCUACCUGAUCUAUCUGCUUUGGAGCACUUGCGGGAGUUGAAAAUUACAGGAUGCAAUCAGUUGACUGAGGUGAUGGGGCUUGACAAAUUGAAGUCGUUGCAGCUAUUGGCUAUUACUGAUUGCUCGUCGAUGAAGAAGCUACCUGCUCUAUCUGCUUUGGAGCUUUUGCUGAAAUUGACUAUUACUGGAUGCAAUCAGUUGACAGAAGUCAUGGGGAUUGAGAGUGUGGAGUCGUCAAGAUAUCUAACAAUUGAUGAAAGGCUGAAGACGCGAAAUAUGAGUGAAAAGAUGGUCAAAACGGAGCAUGCGAGAUUGGUACCGUUACAUAGGGCUAAGAAUUCGCGCCCGAAGAUGUGGUCCAGAUUCCAUAGCUGCUGGGGAUUUUGUCGCAAAGACAUUGAUAUCAUAUCGAUAUAG